UUGAGCAGUAGCGUUGUGAUAUUCAUCAUAAUGGUCCACUUUCGCAAAAGCUUCUCUGGCACGAAUCAUGUUGACCUACAUUUAGACAGACUACAGCUGUAGCAGUUUCUAUUCCUUCGUGUGCUCCAAAUCCCAUGAUGCAGUCUUUGCCAAUCAUCUUGAUGUUGGCAGCAUGUCUGACGUUGCCGGGGCAAGCGGCUAGAGAAGGCAAUAACCGAGCACCCCAGACGGGACCAAUCGGGGUCGAGGCAACGAACGGCCACCCACUGGCCUAUGUGAACCAUGCAGCCUCGGUGCGAAUGUGGAGCGCUCCGGCUACACCAAUGAGCGUGGUCGAGAAGCAACUGCAGGCGGAGAGAACUCUCCAGGUCCUUCCCGGGCAAACCAUUGAUUCGCGGAGGAACUACCCGGGUGAGAUUUUAGUUCUCCACAAUGGUGCGAGAAGAAUCUCGCACAGUGAUGCCAACCCUAUUCCCAUCGAUGAAUCCGGUUGGCCAAAGGCAGACGUGCAAGGAGUGAUAUUCGACGAAAGGCCUGCAUUCGCCUGGGCGCCGCCGGAGGACGAUCCGCAGAAGAAGCAGCCCAAGGAGAGCGGUGUGUUCAAGCUGUCGCUGCAGGGCUACGCUGACAUGAAGUCGGCCUCGCCACCACUCACGGUCGCCAACGCUAAGUAUGACGAGUCGUCGAACACGAUGAGCGCGGAUGUGACGCUGCCAGAAGGUGCACCCGACCUGAUGGUGAUCGAGUUCACGAACACCCGACGUACCAGCAAAUCGGAAAACGGCACCGGCUUUACCAACCUGCGCAUCACCUAUCCCGGCUAUGAGCACAAUACAGAGCAGCUGUUCCUUGAUCCGUAUUUGGAGGCGCUGAAGCCAUUUGAUCACAUGCGAUUUAUGGGCUUCACAGGCACCAACUACCAACCCUGGAUGUGUGGCGGUGAUGAGGCCGUAUACUGCAGCGUAAUCGAGUGGAAGGACAGACCUUUGCCCACGGAUGCUAUGUUUGGAGACACAACAGUACGGGCUGGAGCACAUGGACAGCCGUGGGAAUACAUCAUCCUACUCGCCAACCAGGUUAAGAAGGACAUCUGGAUCAACAUUCCGGUCUCAGCAUCUGGCGCCGGCUUCAAGGGGACGCACACUCCAGCCGACGAGAAACAGAGCUACAUUUACCAGCUGGCCCUUCUUCUGCGGAACGGCAACGAGUUCACUGGCAACAAGGGUCUUGACAAGAGCUUGAAUAUCUACUUUGAACACAGCAACGAAGUGUGGAACUUUGGCUUUCACCAGUAUGGCUACAAUCAGGCUGCAGCCAAGCUAGAAGUGCAGAAAGGAGGCAGCCAGCUGAACAACAACAAGGUCCCCUGGGUCAACGGGUCCAAUGAACAGGUCUGGGGACAUCGCCGUCACCUGGAGAGGAUCCAUCAAAUUGUGCAGGUGUUUCAGGAAGUGUUUGGAGCCAGUUCAGUGCCGGAGCGCAUCCGACCGAUCUACGCCUGGUGGUCAAUCUUCCCAAAGCAGUAUAACAACACAUUGUCCUGGGCAGAGGCGACCUAUGGAGAUGUGAACAAGUACCUGUGGGGCAUAGCCGGAACACAUUAUUACUCCGACACCGAAGCAGCCCGUGAAGGUGCGAGCGUGUCCGAUGUGAUACAGGCCCUCAAAGACGACAGUGAUAAAAAUGUCAACCGCACUAAAGCGCUGGCGGCCAUCAAGGAACACUUCAAGCUGAAGCUCUGCUCGUACGAGGCAGGAACAGGAACACACGUUGGUAACCGGACCAACAUUGGCAAUCGCAUAUUGGCGCAGCGUGACCCGCGCAUAACGCAAGUCAUAAUCCAUGAUGUACGUGACAACUACUGGCCAUUGGGCGGUGACUCCUACAAUUACUUCACACUGAAUGGUGAGGCUAGCCGAUAUGGUUGCUUCUUCUUGCUGGAGGACUUGUUCGAACCUCUUGACACCUACAAAAUGAAGGCGAUUUGGGAAUUGACUGGGUACAAGCCGUAAUGACGACUUUAAAGUCCAUCCCAGCAGCUGUGUCAUUCAAUGUUCAUCAAGUAACCUAGUUGCAUUGAUAUGUGCAGAACAGUUAUGCAUGGUCUAUUGUAAUCGCCCUACACAUACCUGCUUGCUGGACCCUGGCUACUGCGGUCUACUUCGAAGUACAUCAUGUAAGACAGCCAGAGGGCUACCAUUAAUUACUCUAUCCUCCGCAAACCGUUGGUGUUUUGCAGAGACAUAAUUAUGCUAUAGCUGAAGCUGAAUCCGGUAAUGUGACCUACUGUAGGUCUAGCUUGCAGUCUAGUACCCAUAUACGACACGCAGCACAUGACUCCGAAUGUAGGUAUAUUAACUAUUAGAUAAUGCGAUGCUAUUCAAUUUUAAUAACGGCAAUCAAUAAGACAAGCUGAAUCGUCAUUUGUGUGUACUUUA